CCGUCACACUAAGCCUAAUCGAGCACUAGCGCACUCUAAGCGAAGUCGGCGAUCCCACAGCAAAUUCACCAACUCUUCGGACUGUGAGAACCACUCCCCUCCGCCGACCUCAACCCAGCACCUUCGCAGCACUCCGUCGCUCGCAAUCAUGGCUGCCAUCAACAAGAUUGCCACCAACUCGCCCUCCCGGCAGAACCCCUCCGAGCUGGAGACCGCGAUUGCCGGUGCUCUGUUCGACCUCGAGAGCAACACUCAGGACCUGAAGGCCUCCCUUCGCCCCCUGCAGUUCGUCUCUGCCCGUGAGGUCGAGGUCGGCCACGGCAAGAAGGCCAUCGUUGUCUUCGUCCCCGUCCCCCUCCUGCAGAACUUCCACAAGAUCCAGCAGCGCCUGACCCGCGAGCUGGAGAAGAAGUUCUCUGACCGCCACGUCCUCUUCGUUGCUCAGCGCCGCAUCCUGUCCCGCCCCAAGCGCUCCGUCAACUCCCGCACCAACCAGAACCAGAAGCGCCCCCGUUCCCGCACUCUGACCUCUGUCCACGAGAACAUCCUCGCUGACCUCGUCUACCCCGUCGAGAUUGUCGGCAAGCGCAUCCGCACCAAGGAGGACGGCUCCAAGACCCUCAAGGUCGUUCUGGACGAGAAGGAGAAGGGUGGUGUCGACCACCGCCUCGAUGCCUACGGCGAGGUCUACCGUCGGUUGACCGGCCGUGCUGUCGUGUUCGAGUUCCCCCAGAGCGGCGCCGAGUACUAGGCACGUGUUGUGGGUGGAGCGGGAUGAAAAAAGAGGAGAUAUCGGUGUAUUUUGGGAAUUUGCUUGUUUCUAGGUCUGAAACUCACUAGAUUCAAGGAAGAGAGCAUGAUGGGUGAAAGACCAAAAAAUGCAUUCACGGGUUUUCUUUGAGUUAUGUUGCCUCUCCCAUUGACUGGUGCAUGGUUCUUUUUUCUAGUCCUCCGGCUCUCAAUUCUCUGCGCGAGGCGACGGAGCUGAAUAUCCCAUUCAGACCGUGUUUCUCUCUUAAUGAAGAUGGGAUGGGAUAUGUGAUAACAUUCCAAUGGAUCUUUUUCCAACUUUUAACCAAGUGCAUCCGUAGUCUGGAUAUUGCUCGUGUUCUCGUCCAGGACAAAGUGAUCCGAUAUCAGGGAGCCUUGUACAUCCGAAGUCGUAGUACCUACGGCGACUUCGAGUACAUGGAGGAUCUAGAACGUCCAGUACAUGGCUGAUUGUAGAAGAAUGACACCUGAUGUAAAUAUGUGCAACAAGAUAAAACAACUCUGGGGUAUGGACAAGGCAAAUAUGAACACGACGACCACUCUUCGAACAGCUACAAAGAUGCCUGAAUCCUACCAACACCCAAAACCAUCCAAUAAGCCAAUUCCCGAGCCACCAAAUCGUCCGGCUUGGAUGCCUUGCCGACAUUCUGCUGUUCAAGCUGUGCCUCCGCAUCCCAUUCCAUAUGCACAAACACCGGGAUCUCUAGUACAUCUUCGUCCUUCUGGAGAGAAGCCGCGAUAUCACUCUCACUGGCCCCGCCGUCUUCUGCUUGAGAACCGGGCAACGUCCCUGGAACCACUUCCAAUACGACAGUAGUCCAGUUCCGUCCCUUCUCCCAGACCUUUCCGGCCUCGGGAACUUUCUCGCCGCCUCGCAUGCCCGUAAUCCGAUCGCUGAGGGGUGCGGCUGCAUUCUGCAAUGCCUCAUCCCAUACAUCGCUGUUGGCGCCAAUUUCAAAUUGGGGACUAAGCACGGUGACUUUAGUCGCCACACUACCCGGUGUGACAGAGGGCGUAGCAAGUGUGAUGCGAACUGGGUCAAACAUAUGAUUCUUCAGAGUGAGAAGGACAUGAUAGGGCCGGAGAGGAGAGAGCGCAUUCAGAUCCGGAGGUGGAGCCAAGCCUGAAAUCGAAGACGCCGACGGCUGAGCAAGAGGGCGUAGAGUCGGGAGGGGGAUAUAGCUCAACGCAAUGAGACGGAUACGGAAGCGCGUAGACUGCGGCUUGGUCUCGGGUUUCACGAGAAUAUGCUUGCAUGACUUGCAGCGCUUGGCGCGUUUGGUGCGCAAGAGAACUGGAAGCGGGAGGAGUUCGUCCACGAAUCGUACAUCGGGCGAUUGCUCGGUACGCUGGCUGAUAGAUGCAACACCAUCCCAGCCGCAAUCCGGGCUCGGAAUGCGCUCGAUGAGUGCUAUAUCGGCGUCGCUCGAGGCAAUACGGAGGCCCUCGCUGGCAGUCAGAGCUUCACGCAUGACCGGCGGCUUGGACUUGGGUUUCUUAUUACCGCCAUACAGCCCACUCAACCGUGACGAGGAGGCAUAUAAAGACAUCAGCCUGUUCAAUGCCCCCGGGGACGAGAAUCCAAAUUCCGAGCUAAGAGGGUCAUUGGGCGAAUUGGAUGUUUCUGAAAUCUGUGUACGAUAGAAGUUUUUCAAGGCAGCAAAACGUGCUUCUGCGCCAAGAUGGGGCGUGGGCGUCGCAUCUUCCUUAGAAGGCUGCUCUGCAUCGCGUUCGCUGAAAUUGGACUGCUCCUCAAUGGAUGCGAAAUUCGAUAAAGGUGAUUUCAAAUCUCCGAAGGCGCGCGAUCCUUGCCGCGAUCGAGCAUCAAAUGUAGGUACCGUAGUCGAGUCGGUCAUUUUCUGCAACUGGCUACGGAUAUUGGUGGGCUUGUCGAACUUGAUACCGAUAUCAAGUGUCGUCCAUAGGCAGUAGCCGCAUGAGAGAACCCAAGGGCCUUGACCACUACCAUUUCCUGUAACGUUUGCAAUUGUACUCACUGCCAGCGGUGCUGUACAGACGGGACAAUUGAAGCAGUUUCGGCCGCACCUGAUAGUAGCGCUAGUUAGCACAUGCGCUAGUAGAUGAGUC